AUGCAUCCAGAAAUACAGAAAAUGAGGGAAAUUGUCCUUAUUUACCUUGACAGAAGUGGUGGCCUUCAGAAGUUUGUGCAUGAUUGCAAAAAAUAUAACGACUCAAAACAAAGUUAUGCUGUUUAUCGAUUCAUUAUUUCAAUAAAUCCUUCUGAUAUUGCUGAAUUAGAUGCAACUCUUGGAAACUACGUUCUUCAUAAUCCCAUACAAGCUGCACAGAUUUUUCAGUCAGUAUGUUUUGUAGCUGUUAAAACUUUAUCGUUAGUUGAACAGUUGCAGACAGAGGCCCAGAUUAAUAUACUGCUGAAACCAACACAUUUGCCAUCCUUGCCAAGUUACAUUCUGGAUCUUUCUGCCUUUCCCUUUAAUUACACGUCUCAAAGGUUUUAUGAGGCUGAAGGAAUAGUGAUUGCGAUGGGAACAGUAACAAAAUAUACACAGGGAGCAAGAUUUUUUUGUACUGGGGAAACCUGUCCAUUUUCUGAAGGAUUUAGGUACAUAAGGGUGCAUGUGCCUGGAGCUACGGAAUCUGCCACAGUGAGGAAUGAUUUUGUUUGUAGCUUGUGCUCUUCACCACUGCAAGAGGACAUGAAGUUUAGAGUGCUUGGUGAUAAGCAAAUAGUUGAAAUGAUUGAUAAGAAAGCACUGAAUGCUUUAAAAGGAUAUUCCAACAAUAAAUCACAUUUUAGGAUUCAGACUUUUACAGUCUUCUUGAGAGAUGAAUUGGCCAACAGAAUGACAAUAGGCAACCUCUACAAGAUUAUAGGAAUUCCAGCCUGUGUACAAAAUGGCUCGCAAGCUACAGUGUGUGUAGAAGUCAGUAGUGUCCGGCAGUGUAAGCCAAAUGGUCCUACUUCUAUCAGUGACAAUUUUAAGCGUCUGUUGUCACUGGCUUCGGGUUCCUGUUGGAGGUUUCCAGCCAUUCUUGCCAAUGUCUUUGCUUCUCAAGUAGUUCCGCCGGGCACUUACAAUACUGUCAAACUCACAAUAUUGCUAAGCCUCGUCCUGACAUGUGAACAGGACAACGAGCUAGCAGAUUACCUGGAUCUCUUGAUUGUGACAGGAGACACUCUCAUCAUUGAUAGACUUCUGAAUUACAGUAUUUGUCUUCUACCUCGGGGCAUACGACACCCAUCUUCAAGUGAGAUUUUUCCUGUCGUAUCCAAAGAUAAACAUGGAACUGGAAGUGCGAGUAUUCAAGCCUGCAGCGCUCUGCUGGCUAAAGGUGGUGUCUGCUACAUAGGAGACUUAUCUUCAUAUAAAAAGGAUAAACUUGAAUUUCUGCAGUCAGUGCUGGAGAGCAGAACAACAACACUGUUCAUUCCUGGGAAGAAGUAUGGAGAAGCAGCUGACCAGCAAGUGACUAUUCCAGUUCAGACUAAUUUUUGGUCUUACGUAGACGUGGAUGCUUCCUCAAAGAAACAUAUGCAAAAGGAGAGCUCUUUAAUUGGACAGAUGGACUUGAGUUUGAUCUCACCUAACCUUCUAGAUGUAUUUGGGCUUCUGAUAUACGAUGAAUUGCCUUCUUGUCAACUGUCUUCUCUUCUUGUGCAUCAUAUCUUGAAGCAAGCAGUUAAUCCUGGGGCAGUGCUAGCCGGCGUCUCGCAGCAGUGCACAACACAGGAUUACGAGCAGUUUAUUUUGUUUGCUAAGAAUCUUCAUGUUGAACUGAGUUCAGAAGCAGAAAACCUAAUUCAGGGCUACUAUCUUGCAAGUCGCAGAGUGAGAAGAGAUGCGAUUCAUGGAUCGAAAUUAUCAGCAUCCGCACUAAAAAUUCUGAUUUCAUUGUCUAAGGCUCACACCAAAUUAAGUUUAAGAAAAAAAGUACUUCAAGAAGAUGCAUUGAUUGCCAUCUUACUGCUUGAAUCUUCACUCACCCUAAAGCACGGCAAGUCUGUGUUCUGCGUGGCCCCGAAUGCUGUGUUUCCCUCGGAGCUCCACGAUGAACACUCCCUGCACCAGAGAGACCUUUACCUCGUGCAGUGUCACCAGCAGCUGCUUAGGUUUAUCAGUGCUUACGGCCCAGGAAGCCACGUCACCGCAAAUGAAGAGUGA